AUGGCCAUGGACAAACAGAUCAGGGACUUUCACACAAUCGAUGAUACCUCCUUCCCCUACAUCUUUGAGCAGAAUGUCACAGUCCAUCUCAAGGCCGACGAGGGCCUGAUCCGGUGCAAUGUCUACCGGCCCAAGGAUUCGGGUCCGGUCCCUGUCUUGGUCACAUACGGGCCCUACGGAAAAGACAUUCACUACAAAGACUUCCACCCAAAGUCCUUCUCCGAGGUCAACCCCAAGCACAAGUCGGCGCACUCGGCCUGGGAGACGCCGGACCCGGGCUUCUGGACGGCGCACGGCUACGCCGUCGUGCGGGCCGACGAGCGCGGCACGGGCCAGUCGCCGGGCCUGCUGGACACCAUGUCGCGCGGCACGACCGACGCCUUCUGCGACCUGAUCGAGUGGGCGGCCGACCAGGCCUGGUCCAGCGGCAAGGUCGGCCUGCUCGGCGUCAGCUACUACGCCGGCAGCCAGUGGCGGGUGGCGGCGCGGCGGCCGCGCGGGCUGGCGGCCAUGGUGCCGUGGGAGGGCAUGUCGGACUACUACCGCGACCGGUGCCGGCACGGCGGCAUCCUGUCCAACGCCUUCAUCCGCUUCUGGUGGGACCGCCAGGUGGCGCCCAACCAGUACGGGCGGCCGGGCCGGGCGGCCGCCAGCUGGGGGCCCGACACGCUCGAGGGCGACCUGGGCGCCGACGAGCUGGCGGCCAACAGGCGCGACCAGAACGCCGACAACCGCGCGCACCGGUUCCGCGACGACGAGUACCACGCCUCGCGCGACUACGACCUCGCCGACGUCGAGGUGCCGCUGCUCUCGGUGGCCAACUGGGGCGGGAUCCUGCUGCACCUGCGCGGCAACGUGCAGGGGUUCCUGCACGCGUCGUCGCGCUUCAAGUACCUGCGCGCCAUCGCGGGCCGCCACGACCUGCCCUUUUACUACGACGGCGAGGUCGAGGUGCAGCGCGGCUUCCUCGACGCCUUCCUCAAGGGCGACGACCGCGCCGGCUGGUCCGGCAACGUCGGAUAUGACAACCCCGUCGCCGAGCGCGCCUACGGCCGCCGCGCCGAGGCGGAGUGGCCGCCCGCCCGCACGCGCUACGAGAGGUUCUUCCUUACCCCGGAUCUGGGCCUGGACAAGCAGGAGCCGCAGCAACAGCAAACCGACGCGCCGACACGGAGGGUCUCGUACCGGGCGCUGGGCGAGAUGAGCUCCCCGCAGCUUGUGCAGUUCUCGACGGCGCCGUUCGCCGCCGAGACCGAGAUCACGGGCCACCCGCUGGCGCACCUCAACGUCUCGGCCUCGAGCCUGGCGGACCCGACGGGCGACUGCUGUAGCGGCGGCGACGACGGGGGACCCAGCGACAUUGACAUCUUCCUAACCCUCCGCCACAUUGGCCCGGACGGCGCCGAGGUGCUGUACACGGGCACGGCGGGCGACCCGGUGCCGCUGUGCAAGGGCUGGCUGCGGGUUUCACUGCGGGCCACGGCGGACCACUCGCACCCGCGGCACCGCGACUGGCUGCCGCACCGCGAGUACCGGGCGGCCGACGCGCGGGCCGUGGCGCCCGGCGAGGUGUACGCGGUCGACGUGGAGCUGUGGCCGACGUGCGUGGUGGUGGAGGCGGGCGGGCGCGUCGUGCUCGAGGUCGCGUCGGGCGACACGCAGGGCUCGGGCCUGUUCCUGCACGACGACCCCGUCGACAGGCCGCCCGGGGUGCUCGAGGGGUGGAAUCACGUCAACUUUGGGCCGGGGCUGGCCAACUACCUGGUGCUGCCCAUCGUGUGAUUUGUGAGGAGGUGGAGGCGGUCUGGUUUGAUUUCAUUU